ACAGGAGGCUGAAUCACCUAAUAGCGUUUGUAAAAAAAGUUAACCAGAUGCAUAAAGGUGUCAGUCCCAUUACGUGACUUACACGAUAUAAUCUUUACGAAAUAGACUUGUCCAUUAUCAAACAACUAACACGGAAGCAAUGUAAAUCUGUUGCUUUUUUUCAAGUUUGUUGACAAAAUUACGUCCGUUUCGCAGGCUUAAGUUUGAACUAGCUGUAAACAGCGCCCGCGCAUCACAUAUAAACGUGCACUCUCAAACUAUCCGCGCGCCUUGCUGUACACUUGACAAUAAUAUUGUCACAGCAUGAAGUGAUAUUUCAGUUAUUAUAUUAUUACAGUGAAAAUAUCAAAAAUGGCAGUGAUUAAUAUUAAACUUUUUGACGUUAUACCCGUGAGGCUGAAUUUAUGGCUGAUGAUAUUCACAAGUUGCUGGGUGAUCUACAUGUUAAGAGUAAACAUAAGUCUGAAUCUAAUAGCAAUGGUUCCUGAGCCUGCGCAAUCGUCCGCUUCAAAGAGGUCGCAGUGUGCUUCUUUAAGAGCUGCAAAUGAAACAUUUAACGCUAAUAUUACAACGGAGGACGCUAAAAAUUUACGAGCACAGAGCAAAGAAACAUUCAACUGGACGAUGGACCAGCAAGGCACUAUUAUUGGGGCUUAUUUCUGGUGCUAUCCUUUUACAUCCCUCGUGGGUGGAAUGGCAGCGGAACGAUGGGGUCCAAGAUAUGUGGUCCUUGUGACCGUGUUGGUCAGUGGGGUCCUCACUGCGUUGAGUCCAGCCGCUGCUAGAUUGAGUUACACCGCUUUAGUUGUCAUACGUUUCUUCCUUGGUAGUGCUGGGGGUUUCACAUAUCCUGCUCUCCACGCUUUAGUGGCACAAUGGGCGCCCCCAGCGGAAAAGGGGAAGUUUGUGAGUGCGAUGAUGGGUGGGACCUUGGGAAUUGUCGCAACAUGGUCUCUCACAGGGCCAUUAAUGGAAAAAUUUGGUUGGGCAUCUGCCUUUUACGUCCCUGCUGCUCUGAGUUUCAUAUGGUGCGGUUUCUGGUGGUACCUGGUCGCAGACACUCCAAAUGAACACCCCAGAAUAUCCAGCGAUGAAAAAAAAUAUAUUAUGGACGCUCUUGGAGACAAAAUCAAGAAAUCCAAAGGUUUACCACCUUUCAAGAAGAUCUGCACAUCAUUUCCAUUCUUAGCAAUGAUUAUACUACACUAUGGAAACGUUUGGGGACUGUAUUUCGUUAUGACUGUGGGGCCGAAAUUUGUGUCGAGCGUUCUGAAUUUCGAACUGCAAGCAGCAGGUGUUAUAUCAGCGCUUCCAUAUCUCGCAAGAAUGCUGUUGGCUACUGUAUUUGGGUCUUUGGGAGACUGUAUAUUAGCAAGGAAAAUGAUGACAACUACAACUAUAAGGAAAUUCUUCUGUCUAUUUUCGCAUAUACUACCAGGAGUUCUACUAGUUCUCAUGGUAUAUACUGGUUGUUCAACAACGUUGUCUGUGAUUUUAAUAACUAUGUCAAUGGGCUUAAAUGGGGCAGCGACCUUGACGAAUCUUCAGAAUCAUCAAGAUUUAGCACCGAAUUAUGCCGGAACUCUGUAUGGCAUUGCAAACGCUAUCGGGAGUACAGCUGGAUUCUUUACUCCUAUGAUCACAGCGUAUUUCACGAGGAAUGGGAACACCUUCGAACAGUGGCGUCCCGUAUUCUUCAUCGGUGCUUCAGUAUACAUAGUAGCUGCGAUAUUUUUUAUACUCUUCGGAACGGGCAACAUACAAUCGUGGAACUUUAUUGCCGAUGAGGACAAAAAGACUGAGAACCUCAACGACAUGGGUGAUACAAAAAAUGGCAAUAUCAAAGACUCAAAAGAAACCUCAUUAAGCGUCACCCGCGCGUAGAUAUUGUUUGACAUUUGUUUUAGGUGUUUUAUGACUGGGGCUUCAGACAGAUAUUUUGCGAAACGCAAUAUACAACUGUAGUAUCUUCAAUACUUUGAUAUAAUAACAAUUUCAGACAUUAACUUCUAACAUUUGGUAUAAACCAAAUUAAACAGCGUCUUUGUGUCUCCCUUUAGCUUCAAAAAUUGCGAGAAUUAUGAAGUGCCAGAGUGUGAGACUUGCAAAAUGUAAUAAAAAUUUAGUUAAUACAACAACAUAAGAAGACAGACAACUUAGAAAAAUAUUUACCAACAGAGAGAUUAAAAAAUGCAAAUGUUAUUCUAUCAUUCAUUGUGUUUACGGGCAGAGUUUAGUCAAAUGCUCAUUUUCUAACUCGAUCCACUCGUUAGCAGGCUACGUCUACCGCAAGAUAUAUUUGUCUAGGGCCCCUUUUUAAAUCGACACUGGGAGCAGUUUGAGCGAUUAUAAUCAAUUCUUUUGUCUAUUUAAUAUUGCUACUAAGUUAAUAAAAUAUGUAUUUAUAUUUCUGUUGGUCAUGUAAAACUAGUAAUUAAGAAAAUAUACUAUACCCAUUAAAUGGUGUUUUAUGAUUUUGAAUUUUUUUGACGCUAUUUUGAGCACCUAACGCCGAGACAACGUGGUAAAGUGUAUUUUCUUCCAAAUUUUGAUACGUAAUAAUUAACAAUAUAAUUACUAUUUAUUUACAGUCUAUAAACAUUGUUCCCGAUUUAAAAACUAUUAUAGUUAAAACUGGUCGAAAAAUUAUUUUAAUGGAGUAAUAUUUAUAUAAGGAUCUAAUAUUUUUGACCGCUAAAAUAGGAUACAAUAUGAUAGAAAUCGUAGAAACUAAAAAAAUGUAAUCGACAUAUAAUUUAAAAAGUUGCUAUUUCUUGAGAACGUUUCAUUGAUGAAAAUUAUAAUGUGAUUUUAAAAUACAGGCAAUGUCUUAUCAUCUGUUUAACAUAUUGCUCGUGUAUCCUUAAUUAUUUACAGCAAACGUUAUGUAUGUUAAUUUCUGUUUUAUUUAAGAAUUAAUUUAUAAGUCAGAUAUUGAGAGCUGUGAUGUACCAAAUAAAACAUUGGAAAAUA